CGCAUGACCACCGGAAUCCGGCAAGGCGUGCGCACGGUCUACCUGGGCGGGGACUGGGCACUUCCGGAAAUGGAGGAAUUUGUUUCCCAGGGACGACCUUUCGGGACGGACAAGGACUGUAAGCCUACUUGAACCUUGUGUGCUUUAUCAGAGCUCCAAGCAUCCAGUUUUCACCACUGAUCUGGAGCUCUUGAUCUCCAAAUCUCAGAACAACUAACGAGGCUGGAGAAUUAGCCUGGACUAGCUGCAGAGUCCUCAUUAUCUAGGAAAUGCAGUUAUCACAGCAGCUGGACCUAUUUCCUGAAUGCAAAGUGACCCUUCUGUUAUUUAAAGAUGUAAAAAAUGCUGGUGACUUGAGAAAAAGGGCCAUGGAAGGAUCUGUCGAUGGUUCACUGUUAAAUCCUACUGUGAUUGUUGACCCAUUUCAGAUACUUGUGGCAGCAAACAAAGCCGUUCAUCUCCACAAACUGGGAAAAAUGAAGACGAGAACUCUGUCUGCUGAAAUUAUCUUCAACCUUUCUCCAAAUAAUAAUAUUUCAGAGGCUUUGAAAAAAUUCGGUAUCUCAGCAAAUAACACUUCAGUUCUGAUUGCUUACAUUGAAGAAGGAGAGAAACAAAUAAAUCAGGAACACCUGAUAUCACAAGUGGACGGUCAUCAGGUUCCGCUAGCAGUUCUUCCUGAAAUAACAAAUACCUCAGAAGUCAAAAAGGUUUGUAACCCA